AUUGUGGGUAACGGAGACCGCUGUUUACCAUGGCGACGGGGACGCCACUGUUAGCCGCCCAGAGGCUAAAAGUGCGUUUGCUGUUGUUUCUUUUAUUUUACAUAGAUUUUCUUCAUUGUCAACAGUUCACCAUCCCCCACAAGUCUCCUUCAGACUGUGCUGCAGAAGAAUUCUUCGAUAUCUCGAGUCUGUCGUGUGUAAAGUGCGGUCCGAAUCAGCGACAGAGCACCACAGGACUGGGCUGCACUUGCAGAACUGGCUUCCAGACUCUCACCACUGAUAAAGCAUCCAUUGCUUGUCAGCAAUGCCCCUCAGACAAACCAGCAGUAACUAAAGAUGGGUUUGGGUGUAUUCGCUGUCCAGGCGGAGUCACUGAUGACGGGAAGUGCCAGUGUCAACAAGAUAAUGUCUUGGUGGAAAGAGACGUCAAUGGGAGCCUUUUGGAAGAGGCCAGAUGUGAAACGUGUGAUGGAAACACCCCUGCAUUUUCUGUCCCAAACAGCAGUGGAGAUAGGUGUGAGCGAUGCCAGGCCUCCUUCAUUAACACCUCCUGUUUGUGCAAAACUCCUAAUGUCUUGGCAGGAGGAUUAUGUUUCCCUCCAGGCAGCCUCUCAACUAAUGUGAAUCCCAGUGUCAACUAUGCUCAGUUGAAAUUCAGCGUACAGUCUGCCUGGUUCGUCCAAAACUUGUACUCCUCGUCAGCAGCCUGCCUUGUUUUCUCCAAUCUGACGGCAUGUCAGGCUCUGGGGAACAUGUGUGUGAUGAACAUGCACUCCUUCAGUGGCGUGUCCAGUGAUGCCUGUGGCCUCUUUAACACUAUCUUCAGAUCCAGGGCUGCUCUGAGCUCAACACAAGACAUUUCCUACUGGAGAGUCAAUCUGCCGUGGCUUUAUUAUGGGGACGAACCAGGAUUGGCCAGUCGAGUGCUACAGACUGAUCCUGUUCCUAUUGGGUUCAGUUUCAGAGGCAAAAACAAGAACACUGAUAUUAAGCUGAUUGCAGCUGUCUAUAAUGUCAGAGGAGAGUUCCUCAGAUGGGAGCCUGUAGGUGGAGGAAAUCUCCAGCUUUGUCCAGACACAACCACCAAACAAGCAGCAGCGUUCAGCUUUGGAACAGCUUACCAACAAACAUGUGAUCUGUCAGUUAAAGAGCUGUUGGAUACAUAUCCGGAGCCGUUGUUCUACGAUGUGUUCAUGGAGCUCGGUGGAGGAGAGAACAGAAAAAUUCUCCCACUGCCUACACUGGUCUACAACCAGCAACACAACGGACGCUUCAUCAACCAAGAGAGCAUGAAGAACUGGUACCUGACCCGGCGAAUGUUCCUUGUGGAUGGGCUAAGCGGAAGAGAGAAGAGCUUGAGUGCCCAGCCUAAAGUCAUCCGUGUUGCCAGCAGUGUUAAAAUAAGGUUUCAGCUGGUCCCAAGAACGCUGGAAGGUCAGGUGUAUCCUCCACUACUGAUGAUGACAUACAGAGACAUUCCCAUCACGGAUAUCAAUUCUCAAACCGUGCCUACAUCCUUUGCUGUGGAGUAUGAGAUGGAUCAAAAUGAGGCACGCAUGAAGACCAACACGGCUCUGGGUGUGAUGGGCGGUGUAGCAGUGCUCUAUUCUCUCUUGAAGACGGUCAGCUGGAAGAGGAGGAUUGCCUCAUCACUCAUCGAUGUGGAGACAUUGAUGAAGUUUUUGUUGUUUUAUGCCGGAGAUCUGGCCAAUGUUUUCUUCACUGUCACCGUGGGAACAGGACUUUACUGGCUCAUAUUUUACAAGGCCCAGCAGUCUGUAUCGGUGCUGUUACCACUGCCUGGUCAGGAGGAGCAGUUUGUGACCUACAUUGGAUGUGCUUUUGCUCUCAAGGCUAUCCAGUUACUCCACAAGCUGAUCCUUCAGGUCUCAGUUGAUAUUUUCCUUAUGGACUGGGAGAGGCCACGAAGCAAAGCCGGCAGGACUGUGCAUGCUGCUGGCGAGCCCAAACGUGACCCCUCUCCAGUCAGCAUCUGGAGGACCUACUUCGUGGCCAAUGAAUGGAAUGAGAUCCAAACUAUCCGCAAGAUCAACCCAACCUUUCAGAUCAUUGCUGUGCUGUUCUUUCUUGAAGUCCUGGGUUUCUCUAACCUUGCCCUGAGGGACCCCUGGCCAACGUUAGAGCGCUCCCCACAGGCAUACACCCCCUCAUACAGCCUGAUUCUGCGUUAUGGUCUGGCAGCCACUCUGUGGCUCUGCGUUGGACUUCUGCAGGUGAUUUUCUUCACUGUGUUUUAUGAGCACUUUGUGGAGGACAAGAUACGGCAGUUUGUAGAUCUCUGCUCAAUCAGCAAUAUAUCUGUGCUGCUGUUGUCUCACCGUUGUUUUGGCUACUACAUCCACGGCCGUUCAGUACAUGGGCAUGCAGAUACGAACAUGGAGGAAAUGAACAACAACCUGAGGAGAGAAACUGAAUCCCUGUGUGGUCAAAGAGGUCUGCUUCCCAACACAGACACCCAGACCUUUCAGGUGUCUCUCACAAACCGUCUGCGGCUACAGUACGACAGGAUACGAGAGCCAAUCAAAAGGGGUCUCUCUUUUCCUGGAUUCCAAAGGAACGGUCCGUCACGUUUAAUGGACGCGAGCUCAGCUAACGGGUUUGAGGUGCAAGCCAGAGCCUACAACACCAUGAACUACUUCCUGGGAUCUGUUAUGGAACAUGCCCACGCUGACAUGGACUUCAUAGUGAAGGAUAAGCUGAUGUUUGAGAGGGUCAUAGGGAUGGAGUUCCUUGAACCCAGUGAAAAAAGCAUCUUUUACAAUGAUGAGGCCCACUCCUUCAGUGAUGUGCUGUAUUAUGGAAAUGAGGCCACGCUGCUGAUCUUUGACACUUUGUUCUUCUGUGUCGUUGACCUGGGAUCUCAAAGCUUUGUGCUUGCAGCCGUUCUUACAUAUGUACAGCAAAUGAUAUUCCGCCUGCUCCGCAACACUCUUGGAAGGAAGAACCUUGUCAGCAAGACUAUGGUGGACGAGAGAUUUCUGAUAUGAAAUCACCUGUUAAUAAGUAGUGUCAGUGUUUUUUAGUGGCAUUUUUUUCUAAGAUGUUUACUUUUCACAGCUUGUAAAGUUCACUUUUGUACUUUUCUAUGUUCAGUAUUUUUACAGCUUUUUGUAUGAUGUAAAUAUUUAGAUUUUUAUAGGGAUUUGUAAUGUUUUUUAUUGAUUAAAAUGAUUUGUGACAGCC